AUGGCUAUUGUUCUUAGAUUUGUGGACAAGCAAGGCUAUAUUCGAGAGAGAUUUUUUGACAUUGUUCAUGCGCACGAAACCAAUUCCUUGACUUUGAAGAAGGAGAUAUGUGAUGUCCUUUCUCGCCAUAAUCUUAGUGUGCAAAACAUUCGUGGCCAAGGAUAUGAUGGAGCUAGUAACAUGCAUGGAGAAUGGAAUGGACUGCAAGCAUUAUUUAUUCAGGAGUGCCCCUAUGCAUAUUAUAUUCACUGUUUUGCUCAUCGACUGCAAUUAACAUUGGUAGCAACAUCUCAAGAGGGGUCAGAAUCAGAUUGGUACCUUAUAACGGCCAGGGACUACAAGAUGGGGUCUCAUUUUAGUUGUAUCUGUAGCUUAUUCACAGAAUAUGAAGACAUUUGCUCUGUCCUAAUUGAUGUUAUCAAUUAUGGAAAUACAUCAACUCAAAGAAGUGAAGCUCACAGAGUUUACGAUUUCAUAGCAUCCUUUGAUUUUGUUUUUGUUAUGCAUAUGAUGAGGGACAUUUUAGGAUUUGCACAAGUCGAGGAAGAAUUCGAAAACAAAAUGAUCCAAUUACACUACAGGAUUGAUGUGUUUUUGGCAACGGUUGAUUCUCAAAUACUUGAAAUGAAGAAUAGGUUUAAGGAAGAUGUAAUAGAGUUGCUUAUUCUUAGUUCAGCAUUGCACCCCAAAGAUAAUUUUCAGGCUUUCAAUAUUGAACGAAUUUGUCAACUUGCAAACAAGUUUUAUUCAGCUAACUUCACAAAUCAAGAGAAGUUACACUUAAGAACUCAAUUAGAGCUUUUCCAGAUUGAGUUUUCCUGUAAUUCUCAGCUUCAAAAUUUGUCAUCACUUCAGGAGUUGUGCCAAGUGUUAGCAAAGACAAGAAAGUCAAUGUGCUAUACUCUUAUUGAUAGGUUGAUUCGUCUUAUUUUGACUCUUCCUGUUUCAACAACUACAACAGAGCGUGCAUUUUCUGCUAUGAAAAUGAUCAAGACUUGUUUGCAUUCUAGGAUGGAGGAAGACUUUCUUGCUAACUCUAUGAUAAUGUAUAUUGAGAAAGAAAUUGCUAGAACUUUUGAUAUAAAUUCAAUCAUUGAUGACUUUGAUAAAAUUAAAAGUCGCCGUGCACAAUUUCAUAUGUCCCACACAGUCAAAUAG